AUGGAAUCUGAUUUAGAAGAUGAAAACACAUAUACAUUUGAGAGUUUUGAAAAUGACUAUACAUUCACCAGUUCAAAGGAAAUAAAACAUUAUAAUCACAUGUUUAACAACUUCAAAGAUGAAUUAGGAGUUUCAGAAAAAAUAUCUAUACCAUCAUUAUUAGGAUUUGAUAAUAUUGAAAUAUUACCUAUUUAUGUGACCAAGUGCUUGAAAAAUGAAAUUUUGCAAAGGAGAAUUUAUCUUGAACAAGGACUCCAAAGCCUUUGUGAAACAAUGUUUUUUUUUGUGAAGAAAAAUAUAAAUGCUUCCAACAAAAAUUACUUAACUUUUAUGCAUGGUCAACAGAUACUGUGUCUUCUUCCUGUG